AUGGGCAUUGAAUUUGUUGAAAAAUCUAUCGAAAUCUGCCUAGCCGCUUGCGACCUCGUCCUACAAGACGAUCCCGAUUACCCGGAUUGGUUAUAUUGGCUCUCAUUCUAUACGUUGAAAAGCUUUGAAAAUACCGCUCUUCAGGCAAUUCACCAGGUUCUCAACAUUACGCACCAAGAACAUGCCGACUAUCCUAAGCAUCUUGUGCACAUAUCGGAGGUCCUCAGCCGUCUCUACCGUUAA